AUGGGCGACGCAGUCAUUGAGGGUUCGAACUGGCGCCUCGUUGAGGUUGGCCGUGUCGUUGUUAUCAACGGCGACCACCCCUUCGCCGGCCGCCUGGCCACGAUCGUCGAGAUCAUCGACCACAAGCGAAUUCUCGUCGACGGUCCUUCCGCGAACGCUAGCCUCGCUGUUCCCCGACAAGCCGUCCCCCUCAGCAAGGUCCUCCUCUCCUCUCUUAUCGUCGAGGGCUUGAACCGCGGUUCCCGAACUGGUGUUGUCCGAAAGCUCUGGGAGAAGUCCGAGAUCGACUCCAAGUGGGAGCAGACCAACUGGGCUAAGAAGCGGGAUCAGAUGGAGCGGAGGAAGGGUCUUACCGACUUCGAGCGCUUCCAGGUUCUCCGACUCAAGAAGCAGCGACGAUUCGAAGAGCGCAAGGCUCUGGCCAAGGUCAAGGCCUCCGCAUAA